AUGUUAACCAAUUGGCGGGCGCGGCGGCCGCUGUGGCUCGCGCGCGCCGGCCGCGCCCGCGCCGGGCCCGCCCUCGGCCGCACCGGACAUUUUAUCCUCGUUAUAGCAAUAUUCCUAGUAGUUAGGCCCGGCGGCGCGGCGGCGCGGCGGCCCGCGGGCGCGUUCCCACCGCCGCAACCUGUAAUCUUUGAAUCCUACAUUUAA